UGGAACCCAAAAUAAUAGGGCACCAUCUCUUUUAACAGAUUACUCUGAAUAUGAGAGAGUCAGGGAACAAAACUGUUAUUAAAUGGCUUCCUUGUGAACAAAGUCUAUUCUGCUUGCCUGUACGCUAUAGUCCUUGUGUAAAAUAAACGCUACGGCAACUCAUGUGUCACACUUCAGUACUCUAAAACUUUAAUGGGGUACAUAGAAGUAAAUGAACAUUUUUAUGCAUAUAUUCUGGCGUCACUAACCAAAUAAUUCUUAUAAACGCUACAGCGAUACUGGUUAAUACCGAUAUAUAUUGCUUAUCUUGUAGGAACCAUUAACCCCUUCUGUAUAAAAAGUUUGUUCAACCCAAGACAUAAUGAACUUAGAAUAUAGAUCAAGUAUCGAUGCCUCAACUUUGCGCAUAAAAAGAGAGUAUUUCCACACGCUGCUUACUGCUGGGUACUGUUCUGUCACUUUGAAGCCUUAUUUCCAACUGCAACCAUCUUCAACAUGACAUACCAGACACUGUUGUCCCUGUUUUCGUUCUUACCGAGCUUUCGUCUUGCCUUGAUCUUCGUUGUGGUGUUUCUCGCUGUUAAUUUGAUCCUUGAAAGGAUAAGAUUUCAAAACCUUCCGCCGGGGCCCUGGAGCUUGCCCCUACUGGGAGCGUACCUUCAUCUCGGGUCCGAUCCAACAAGUUUCCUGCUCAAGAAUAGGCAGAAGUACGGGAAAAUCUUCAGUCUGUACCUGGGGUCACGUCUCACCGUUGUCAUUACCGAUCCGGAACUGGCCCGAGAAGCCUAUAGCAAGAAGGGGGAAAUAACAGGGGCCCGAGAUAUUUCAACGUUGAACUGGCUUGAUGUAUCAGGCUCAGUGGUUUAUAUGAGCGGCAGCGAUAUUAAGCCACUACGACGCUUAGUUCAGCGAUCGUUGCGCGACUUCGUCCUGGGCAAAAAGGGCGCAGAAACCAUCAUGGUGAAGGAAGCAGAGCACCUUUGUCACUUUCUGGAGGAAAGCAUCGAGAAGAACAAGGUGUUGGAUCCAAGACUUGGCAUCCAGAAGGCUUCUAUUAACAUCAUGUAUGCUUUCUGCUUUGGUCAACGGUUUGACUAUGCUUCCCCAGAGAUGAACAAAGUGGCGCUCGGCCUUUCAGCCGUCUCGCACAUAUCAUGCGUAAGCAUCACCCGCGAGAUACCUUUCCUUUUCGUGGCACCAAGAUUCAAGGACUUCCGCCGAGGAGGACUGGCGUAUCGACAAGCAAUGCACAACAUGGUGGCCCAGCACGUGGCCACCUUAGAUUCCUGUCAUUCACGUGACCUUACCGACAAGUUGAUCCAAGCAACCUCCAAAGACGACUCACAGUUUUCCUUUGGGUCAGAUCGAAUCUUCCGUACACUGAUGGACUUGCUCGGAGCUGGUGCGGAUACAACGUCAAGCACACUACAGUUUGCCAUCUGGAAUAUGGCUGCCAACCCUACCGUGCAGGAGAAGGUUCAUAGUGAGAUCCUUGAGGUUGUGGAUAACGACAGGACACCAGAAUGGGCUGAUCGACACCGUCUACCGUACACCUGUGCCGUCAUCAACGAGACACUACGCCACAUGCAUCCAGUUCCUCUUGGCCUUUUUCAUCGAGCCACUCAAACCUUUGAGCUGGGCGGCUACACCAUCCCUGAGGGCGCAGAGCUGUUAGCCCCGAUAGCAUGCAUGAACAUGGACCCGGAGGCCUGGCCAGAUCCAGAGGAGUUCAAGCCUGAAAGGUUCCUCUCUCCGGACGGGAAGACAGUGGUUCUACCUGAUAAAUUCAUGCCCUUUAGUACCGGAUCCCGGAUGUGCAUUGGGGAAGGACUGGCCCGGAUGGAAAUGUUCGUGUUCUUUACAACCAUGAUGCAACGCUUCACCUUCGACCUGCCAUCGGAAGCUCUCCAAUCUUGCGAACCGGAAACUGGAUUCUUCUUCCGUUACCCUUCUCAAAUGCAGAUUUGCGCUUCAAAGAACAGUUAGAAUGGUAUUUGACUGACGCCCUCAGCUGAUUAUACGCAAGAAUAUUUUAGAGUACACACACAGCCACCCAAGUAGUUUAAUGUAAAAUGGCAUUACUGGAUGUAAACUUGGCAGCGUCUCAAAGCCUCUAUCCUUCGACCUUCAAAGAGGGAAAUUGUGUAUGAAGCAUAUCAGUCAUGACAAAUUAGUAAAAUCACCAAUCUGAGUUAGUAACUGUUUAUAGAAAUCGGACUUAUAUCGCUCUGUAUUAAAAAUUCUGCACGAAAUUGAAAAGCCCCCAAAGUUAUAAAUUCCACAAGUAAACAUGAAUUUCUUUUACAAUUUCUUGUCAAGUAUAGGAUGGUAUGCUUCUCCAGAGUAUCACUACUGAAACGUUUGAAAUUCUUCAGCCUCGGUAUUAUCUACUGCCAUUGUCGUUGACAAAAAGAAAUAAGUAGAAUAUUGGUAAAGGAACGGCCAUAUUAUUUGCAUAAUUAUUAAAUAACAAUACACACCUGGCUUAAAAGAUUCGUUGCAAUAGUACAUGGAAUGACGUUAAGGAGAUAAUUUUAAACCUCUCAUAUAGCUUCCUUUAGUUAUCUUUUAACCAAUCAGAAACGUCUUGCUUAUAUUGCUUUCUAAUAAGUCACAAAAGUGAAAUGACUUCUCACUAGCAAUCCUAAUACCGUGGCAAGUUUCCUAAGUAUAAUUUUAGCUGGCUUACAAAAUUAACGGAUAGAACGACAUACAUGUGUUAAGAAAUCUAUACAACAUAUGAAAAAAAAACUAAAAAGUCCACAUGUACAUUCAAAGUAUAGCGCUUAUCCAACCAAUCAAUACACGCAGCCUAAUGUUCGUUGAGGAUAUUAAAAUAAUAAAAUGAGUAAAAAAGAAAUACAAA